AUGAGUGUAGAACUAAUAGAUAGUACAAUGAUCAUAAACUUUAUCGAAGAGAAGGAAGAAUUUGCUUCUGCGGUACGAUGUCGUUUUGCGGAACUGGACAUAGACCAAGAUGGCGUUCUUUGCUACAGCGAAAUGCUGAAAGAGUUUCAGUCUCUUAGAUCGGUAGAGACCGAUUUUGGUAAUGAUGUGAAGACAAAUCCAGAAGUGGUUGCUAAUAUUUACAGUUCACUAUUCGCAAAGUUUGAUCACAAUUCUGAUGGAGUGAUAAGCUUGAAGGAGUAUAUGACAGAGACGAAGAAGAUGAUGAAGGACAUCUCCACCGCCUCGUGA